AUGCUCGAGUACUUUACGUACAAAAAGGUCAAGAAGCACCGGGCGCAGAAGGAGGCUGAGAGAGAAGCGAAAGACGAGGCCCAGCGCCACGCCAACGAGGUCAAGGACUCGGACGACAUCCUCGACGAGCGCGCCAGCAGGCAGGACCACGACAAGAACGCGCACCGUCACAAGGACAAGCACCACCGCCACCAUGGCGAGCACCAGCAGUCAUCAGCGUCGCCCGUGCUGGACCCUGACGACGAGUCCUUCCUCGAGGAGCUGUUAGCCGGCGCCGACGGGCCCGCGCCGCCGCUGCCCCCGCGAACCUACCUUGCCGAGUUCGACUGGCCGUCCGACAACGAAGCUGCCGCAUCAUCCUCCGAGGGGCGCGAAGAGGUCGGCGAGGCGUCACAACCGCACAAGAAGGGCGGCGCGGACAAGACCGCCGCGGCUGAAAAGAAGCCGAACCGGUUGUCCCUGCUCUUCACGCGACACAAGAAGACGGAGCAAGGCCUCGAACCCGAGAAAGACGUGUCUCCCGCCGAGGGCGAGCGUGAGACAAAGGACCUCAGCCGCGUGCUCGACCGCCUCAACCUGUCGGCCAAGAACAACAAGGUCAUCUCGUCGACCGACUCGUCCGAGGUGCUACAAAAGUUCACGCAGGUCUUCAAGGACCUGGUCAACGGCGUGCCCACCGCGUACGACGACCUGGCCAAGCUCGUCGAGGAUCGCGACGGCACCCUCUCCAAGGGUUUCGACAAGCUGCCCUCGUCGCUCAAGAAGCUCGUCACCCAGCUCCCCGAAAAGAUCACCCAAAGCCUCGGCCCCGAGAUCCUUGCUGCCGCCGCCGGCUCCCAGGGCAUCAAGGCCGAGGCCGAAGGCGGCAUCAAGGGCACCGCCAAGAAGAUCUUGCUGCCGCAUAAUAUAACCGAGCUGGUGACCAAGCCCGGUGCCAUUGUCGGCAUGCUGCGCGCCAUUGUCGAGGUCCUCAAGACGCGCUGGCCUGCUUUUAUUGGCAUGAAUGUCAUAUGGAGCGUCGCACUUUCGUUGCUGCUCUUCGUCCUGUGGUACUGCCACAAGCGUGGCCGCGAGGUCCGCCUCGAGCGCGAAAAGUCGGAGUCGGCCAUUGACGGCAGCGAUCGCAUCGAGGAGCUACCCGAUGACCCGGCCCUGCCGGCGCCCGAGACGCGUGUCGCCGACGCCGACGCCGAGGUGGCUGCACUGGCGUCCGCUCCCAGACCGACUAGAUCGCCAGCCGCGGACCGGCGCGAGGCGUCGCCGUCGCGGCGAUCUUGA